AUAUUUGCAAACCAGAGAGUAAACAACCAGUUGGAUUUCAAUCGCAACUGGCUGUCAUACAAAAAUGGAUUCGGAUCCUAUGAGGAUAACUAUUGGAUGGGACUAGAGAAUUUCUACCAGAUCACGAGCAGCGGCAACUACACUUUCAGGCUAGAAGCUGUGGCGAAUUCUGGGAAAGGUCUGUAUGACGAAUACUCAAAAGUGACCAUCUACCCGGAGAGUAGCAAGUACAGGAUCGUCCUUGGAGCAUUUACUUCCGGAACCACCAACGUUAUGAACGAUCCUGCUUCUUACUACAUUCACAAUGGAAUGAACUUCAGCACUCCUGAUUCGGAUAAUGACAAGUCGAGUUCGAACUGUGCCUCCACGUUCAGUUCAGGCUGGUGGUUCAACGAUUGUCAUGCUAUAAACCUCAACGGCUUGUUCGGAGAUUCCUUUCAAUAUGAUGUUUAUCUUGUGAAAAGUAGUUGCAUGCUCAUCAGACAAAAGUGA